CUGGUUUCCCCCUAUAAAUAUUCAGACUUUUCCCUGACUCUGCCUACAUAGAAAUCAGUCACCAUGUUCAAACUGGUCCUUGUUGGUUUAAUUCUGGCAUAUGCCCAUGGCUGUGGCAAGCCUGCAUACGUGCCAAAUAUCUCUCGAGUAGUUGGAGGUGAGGAUGCUAGACCCCACAGCUGGCCGUGGCAGGUCUCCCUCCAAUACAGCAAGAGUGGUACCUGGGCCCACACUUGUGGCGGCACCCUGAUUGACGCCAGCUGGGUCUUGACAGCUGCCCACUGCAUCAGCUCCAGUCGGACCUAUCGCGUCGUCCUGGGCAAGCAGAACCUUGAAGAAGAAGAGGCUGGUUCCGUGGCCGUAGCUGUGGAGAAAUUGAUCGUCCAUGAGAAAUGGAACUCCUUCCUGAUUGUGAAUGACAUUGCUCUUCUCAAGCUUGCCGAGCCUGUUGAAUUCAGCGACACGAUCCAGCCCUCUUGCCUGCCUGAUGCAGACACCUUGCUGGCUCAGGAUUACCCAUGCUACAUCACCGGAUGGGGACGCCUGUGGACAAACGGUCCCAUCUCAGACAACCUUCAACAGGGUCUGCUGCCCGUUGUAGACCACCAGACUUGCACCCAGCGUGACUGGUGGGGUUCUACAGUCCGGUCCACGAUGGUGUGUGCAGGAGGAGAUGGUGUCAUUUCAGGGUGCAAUGGGGAUUCUGGUGGUCCCUUGAACUGCCAAAGUGCCAACGCUUGGGAAGUUCAUGGUAUUGUCAGCUUUGGAUCUGGCCUGGGCUGCAACACUGCUAAGAAGCCGACCGUCUUCACCCGUGUGUCUGCUUACAUCCCUUGGAUAAACGAGGUGAGAGAUUAAU